AGGCGGGUGUUUCUCUCCCUCAGGGUGGCAAAUUCCAUUCGAAGAGUGUUCAUCGCAGAGGUCCCCAUCAUAGCCAUUGACUGGGUCCAGAUAGACGCCAACUCCUCCGUGCUCCAUGAUGAAUUCAUUGCACACAGGCUGGGUCUCAUCCCACUCACUAGCGAUGACAUUGUGGAUAAGAUGCAAUAUUCCAGAGACUGCACAUGUGACGAAUUCUGUCCGGAGUGCUCUGUGGAGUUUACCCUUGACGUCCGCUGCAAUGAAGACCAGACUCGUCACGUCACGUCCCGUGAUCUCAUCUCCAACAACCCCCGGGUCAUACCGGUAACAUCUCGGAGCAGAGACAAUGACCCCAAUGACUAUGUCGAGCAGGAUGACAUCCUCAUUGUGAAGCUGCGGAAGGGCCAGGAGCUGAGACUGCGAGCCUAUGCCAAGAAGGGCUUUGGCAAGGAACACGCCAAGUGGAACCCCACAGCAGGUGUAGCCUUCGAGUAUGACCCAGACAAUGCGCUGAGGCACACCGUAUACCCCAAACCAGAGGAGUGGCCCAAGAGUGAGUACUCAGAGAUUGACGAGGAGGAUGCUCAGGCGCCCUAUGACCCCAAUGGGAAGCCAGAGAGGUUUUAUUACAACGUGGAGUCCUGUGGUUCUCUGCGCCCAGAGACCAUCGUUCUCUCCGCACUGUCUGGCCUGAAGAAGAAACUGAGCGACCUUCAGACCCAACUGAGCCACGAGAUUCAGAGCGAUGUCCUCACCAUAAACUGAGGUGGCCCCUGGCAAGAGAGUGCUCAGGUGUGAAUGAUGCAGAAGGUUCCUGCCUCUGUCCGGCAGUGCUCUGGGCUGAGGUCCCUCUUCCCUGGCCCUCCUUCCUAGGAAAAGUCAUCAUGAUAUGUAGGGUAAAGCAGGAAGAGAAUUGAUGAGUGUUUUAGCCUAGGGUUUUGGGCCACAUGGUGUUUGGGAUUGGGAAGCAUGUACUGUGGUAACACAACCCUACCGUGUUUGCAUGCCUUACCGUACCUUAUUGUGCUGAAUAAAACCUUAACCCCUCCAUGUUCUGUCA